CAAGAGCAACGCCCGGCUCAAUCGAGCUGAUAGAAAAUAGAGACCAUUUGGAUAGAUUCCGGUUUUUAGUGUAUAAUGGCGAGCUAUGUGUACACUAUCAAGAAGAGAGUGUAAGCAGGAAGAUUGGUGCGAUGCGUCUGGCAUAAGAAACUCAGGUCUUUCGCGCUUGAAGGAGCGAGCCACCUGUCAGAUGCCCGACAAAUCUCUACCAAAAAAUCCCUCAUUCCUCGACGUGCGUCACAAAUGUGUGAGCCGCCCAUGCCACAACGGUACGAGAUUGACUCCUCACACGACAAUCGUCGACUCGGGCAGUAAGCAUGGAGGUGGACUCGCUACUGCGUCCCCGCUCCAAUACGUCGAGCGAACCAGAGACGGCGAAGGAGCCUGGAGCUGUGUUGCUGCCUCAUCGCGGAGGAGCGACGUCGUCCAACCAUGCUUUGCCGCCGUCUAACGGUGGCCGCUGGCUGCCUCGCCUGCUGCUGGUGGGAGGCGCAGUGUACGCAGUGGCGAUGUUAGCCUGGUCCUCUCAGAAUCUUAAUGUGGUGCGCAUGGGUUCAGAUACUGCAGCGUCCGAGUCAAGCGUGGCGUUCGAACAGCAGGUUGAGGAGCAGCAAGGCGGCAGCUCGAUGGACUUGGCAGCGAUGUUGAAGGCGGCCAACGACCAGGAGGCAGACACACAGCAGGAGCAGGAGAGGCAGCAGAAUACCAAAGAAACGGAGGAAGACACGGCCACGUUUGAAGUCACUCCGAUCCCAACCCAGGCAGCAAUUGAUACCCCCAUGGAGGCAUCUCAGGUGCGAGAGGCACUGCAUCUGGCGCGAGAAGCUGUCGUAGCUAAGAUGGAUGCGGACGGCUCAAUGAGCUUACUACUUUCAGCGUCAGGGUCUCAGAUGUCCGAUGAAGUGAGAAGACAGCAGGAAGCCGAGGAACUAGCUCGUGAUACACUAUUACUGCCGAAGGGUGAGAUGAAACCGCGAAAUUUCAAAUGCUUGGGCUGGAAAUCGACGGGUGGAUGCAGUCCAUUUGGACCGCGCAAGCCCGUGAACGACUUCUCCUGCACUAAGAUGGUGCCGCACGGUCACUCGGGCUACUGCGAGGUGGAAGACACUGACACUGGCGAGCGAUUCCGAGUCAUGCGACGUUAUUGCAGCAGCUCCAGGUGGGAGAUGAGCUUUCGCUGCUCUGAUGCCUCCAACUUUGUCAACUUCCACUUCAAGGCCCGCGAGGCGGCAGAUAACGCGCUUACACCGGGUUUUGCGCUGCCGAACAUACAGAACGCAACUAACGAGCAGCAGCGUGAUGGCAUCGUUAUGGUUGUGUAUCCGAAGUUGAUCCCAAGCGCCUACGCGACGAUCAAAACACUGCGCGAAGUACUGGGAUGCCGCUUACCCAUCGAAAUCUGGUAUCGCAAAGCUGAGAUGAAUGCAGACCCCAACGCGAUGAAGCCUCUGUCAGCUCUAGCAGCGGAUAACGAAACGUCGACGAUGAGCUUCCACGAGAUCACGGACUGGCAUGCGUCUGGAUAUGGUGCAAAAGUGUUUGCAAUUUACAAUAGCUACUUCGAACGCAUUUUGUUCCUCGACGCCGACAACGUGCCUUCAAGGGACCCGACGUUCCUGUUUAGCUCACCGGAGUUUGUGGAGAACGGAGCUGUCUUCUGGCCAGACUUCUGGCAUCCUGGACGUACCAUCUUCAAUAUCCACAGCCAGUCGCUCCUAUGGGAGUUAAUCGACAUGCCGUUCAUCAACAUGUUUGAACAGGAGAGCGGUCAGCUUCUCAUUGACCGUCGUCGUCACGCAGAAGCGCUUGAGCUCGUCAAAUUUUACACGUUUCAUCGACCAAGCCACUUCGACUACAUGAAACUCGUCCACGGCGACAAGGACCUCUUCCGUCUCGCGUGGCUCAAACUUGGUGCUCCUUUCCACAUGAUUAAAGCACCUCCUGCUUUAGCUGGCAAAACCAUCAACGAGAGCUUCUGCGGCCUGACCAUGGUUCAACACGACGCUCAGGGCGAAGUGCUGUUCCUCCAUCGAAACUCGCACAAACUCUUGGGUGAACCUCUUCGAGAAGAAGUUGACUACAGAUCUCGAGCUAUUGCACGCUCUAGAAAGAAAGCAGAGAUUCGAACGAGGUAUCGAAAUGAGGGCAAGGAGAUCCCGCCCUGGUCCGAGCUGGACGCGCUCGUCCAGGCAGAGGAGACUCCAGCCCCGACCAUUGAACCGCCUGAGCCAGACGGAUACCCGGAUUCAAUCGUGUGGACGCACCUGCUGUCGUUCAACUCCACUUCCAAGCAGGAGAACUAUUAUGUGAAGACUUAUAACGCGGACCCAGAGUUCCCCAAGUCUCAGAAUUGCUACGGCGAGCGCAACGUGAGUAAAAGCAAACACUUUUACGCGCAGGAGGUGGCUGAUUUGCCUUUCGCCGGGCUGGAAACGGACCUGCGCCGUUUUGCCGCUGAGACUGUAGAGAUCAAGAAGGCGUAGGUUGUGUAACUUAUCGGAAUACAAUGCAAUAUCCAUACCAUUUAUAAAAUGACCUUGAAGCUAUGAA